AUGGCCUAUAGCAACACAACAAUACCCGUUUUUGAUAAGGAUGAAGAGACCCUUCCUGACGCAUUGGCAACAGGUUGCGCCAAGUGCAGCGAGAAGCAGAGGUCCCAGACCGAGAAGGUACUCCGACACCUGACGAAGAACCGACCAAGGGAUUGGGCGAGGCUGAAGACCAAGUACGAUCCCACGGGAGAGUACAGCAAGAAGUACGAGCCCAAAGCGACCACAGCGGCACCCGCCGCCGCGUAGAGCAGUUCCUAGAGUACCUCAUCAAAUGCCAUCAGCAUCCCUUAGGUUUAAGCAACAAAAAAAUCUCUGUAAUUUUUAAUAAAAUUAUUUAAAUUCUUUUUUUUUUUUAGA